AUUUCAUUCUCUUUUCAAUCAACCUUGAUAUUCUCUCAUGCCUCAGUAUAAGCUCUCUGUUUUAGCUAUACAAGGUGUACCACAAGGUAAAAGUCACUCAAUAAGAAUCAAUAUAAAUGGGAAACAAUACAGAACAAAGCGUAGAAAAGAUUCAGUAUUCAAUGAAGUGUUAGGCAUUUUGGUUCAAAAUUUAGAUGAUGUCCUUGAGAUCGCGAUAUUGGAUAGCAAAGAUAAAAUAUUAGUGUCAUCAUGCAUCAAUUUUAUAGACAUAAAGGAAAAUAAUAACAAUCCAGUAUGGUACAAUUUGUCAAAUCUGGUUAAAAUUCAACUUGCUUUAAUAUUUGAUCCAAGUUUGAGUGAUUCUACGAAAUUUGGCUCUACUGCAUCCAAAUUUACGAAGGAUAUACCUAUAUCCGUAGAACGCUUAAACGCAAUUUUUGAUCAUUUGCUAGAUGACAUGGGCCUUAAAGAAGAGGCUCGUGCCAACAUGCUCGCUCUACCAAACAAAAAUAAAUACGAUCUUAUUUUGCAAAAAAAAUUAGUAGACUUAGAAAGAGAAACAUCGAGAACGACUUUAGACCAGCAUCCAAAGUAUUGGAUUAAAUUGCUUGAAACAGAACCUACUAUGGAAAACUUGAAACUAUUGACGAUCCGUCUAUCUCAUGAAUUAGUAAGUUGGAUUAAAGAAUUUAGUAGUCAAGGUGGUUUGGAUCUCCUUGCUGACAUUGUUGAUAAAUUGAUUACUGAUAACCAUUCAAUUACGGAUGAACAAGAUUAUACUGUUAAAGCAGUUGUUGAUUGUUACACAGCUAUUAUGGAUAAUAAUGUAGGGCUCGACAUAGUCAUCUCUAAGCCAAAUGUAUUAAGACUUUUGGCCGAAAUGGUCCCAAGGAAAGAACUGAGUUAUUCUAUUCGAUCUCAAUGUAUAAAACUCCUGAGUGUAGCAGCUAUUGUGCCUGGAGGCUAUAAAAAGGUUAUAGAUGCUAUAACCUCUCUAGAUGGUGAAACGACAGGAAUAGAACUAAUAGUUACAUCUAUCAAAGAGUCUGAGGACAUUAGAUUCACCGUGGUCCUCGUGACUUUCAUCAAUGCUAUAUGCAAUACCCCAGAUAACAUUGAAUCGAGAACGUUUAUGAGAUCAAUGCUUGAAGGCUUCAACAUCGACGCCAUUUUGGACUCAUUGAAAUAUACAGAAUCGCCAGAAUUAGAACUCCAACUACAACAUUAUGAUGAAGAAAAAGAGGCAGAUGAACAAGCUUACAAAAUGAGAUUUAGUCACGUUUCAGACUUGAAACUAGAUGAUAUAGAUGCUGUUUUUCAGCGAAUCAAAAUUAUAGUCAAAGACGCAGAUAUUUCAAAAUAUUUUGCCAAUAUACUUAGAAAUCUUAUCUCUAUCCGUCUAGAUGAAGAUGAUAACAAACCAGCUAUACAAAAAUGGCUAGUUAUUUCAAAAAUUGUUGGCUUUAUUUCUGAUCUAAAAGCUAAAACUCCUCCUGAAAUUAAAACUAUACUAGUACAGUUGAUUGAGUCCAGUAAAUCAGAAAUACAGAACAUUCUUCCGCUGGAAAAAAAGAUAGAAGAGCUUGAAGCUACUAUCAAUAAGAUGACACUGGAGAUAAAAACGAAAAGCAUUGAAGCAGCAGAAAAGCUUGAAGAAAUCAAUAAUCUCAAAACCAAAAUUGGCGAAUACGAAACUCAGUUACAAUCAAAACCUGAUCAAAAUAUAGCUGAGCUAAAUGAAAAAAUAAAAUCUUUGGAAGCACAAAAUUUAGCUUUGAAAAAUCAAGUAAGUAAUCUUGAAUCUGGCCUAAAACAGAUAUUGGCAAAAUCACCUGAAUUAACCGAUAUUGAGGCAAUCAUUCAUUUAUCAGAGUCGUCUUCUGUACCUGGUGAACUACCCCUACCUUCUGUAUCUGAUAUACCACCACCACCACCUGCUCCUGGUACACCACCACCACCACCUGCUCCUGGUGCACCACCACCACCACCUGCUCCUGGUGCACCACCACCACCACCUGCUCCUGGUGCACCACCACCACCUAUGGGGAUGAGAGCUCCAGUGACUCCACGCCUACGUCCAGAAGUUAAACCUAAAGCCAAAGUUAGAAACUUCCAGUGGACCAAUCUUACUGAGGCAAAGGUUGCAAACAGCUUUUUUGCAACUUUUCCCUUAGAACUUGAAGGGUUUGAAAUUGACUACGAUUAUUUAGAAACGCAAUUUGCUUUACACGAAACCAAAAAAUCUGUUCCAGUAUCUUCCUCUGAAGAGAAAAAAAAGGAAGGUCCUAUAUCUUUGAUGGAUCCAAAAAUAUCACAAAAUCUUUCGAUAUUUAUCAAUGGCUUCAAACAAUACAAGAACUCGCAGGUUGCAUUGGCUAUUCAAAACUUAGACGAAAGUAUCAUCAUGCCUCAGCAGCUCUCCACAUUUACCUCUGUUUGGCCUACACCAGAUGAUAUAUCACAAGUAACUGAUUAUAUUUCCUCAGGUGGCAUUUUAAGCAAAUUAGCAUCAGCUGAGCAAUUUGUUUACGAAAUCAAUAAUGUGCCUAAUUUGUUAACUCGCAUAAAAGCAUUUCGUUUUAAGGUUGAAUACGAAGGCAAAAAAUCUGAAAUCAAACCUGAUAUUGCCAGUGUUAUUGUAGCCUGUAAAGAGGUUAAGGAAAGUCUCAAGCUAAAAAAACUUUUUGAGAUUAUAUUACAUGUCGGUAAUUUUUUGAAUGCUGGCAAGAAUAAAGGUCAAGCUUGGGGCUUUAAGCUGAACGACUUAAAAAAACUAACUGAAGCUAAAACUACUGAUAAUCGAUGUAGUCUGCUAACUGUCUUGGUAGAGCUUUGCCAAAAAAAAAAUCCAGAUUUGUUGAGUGUGGGCAAAGAAAUUGAAUCUACUGAUUCUGCACGAAGAGUUAAUUUGCAGCAACUCCAAGGUGAAUUGAGUAAAUUAAACAAAGAACUAGAACAAGUGAAGUCAAGUGUGAACUCUGUUCAGAAGGCAGGAGAUGAUGAUUCUUUCCAUACAAAAAUCAAUGAGUUCAUAGCUAAAAUAGAGCCGGAAGUAGCAAAAAUGAACGAAGAUUUUGCAACUAUGCAGUCCCAAUAUGAACAGACUGUUUUAUAUUUUGUGGAAGAUCCUAAAAAACUUGGUCCAGAUGAAUUCUUUUCAUUUUUUAUUGACUUUGUCAAGGCUAUAGAAGAUGCUGUCGCAAAGAUUGAAGCUGCUCGACUAGCCCAGGAGAAAGCCAAUAAGGGCGAUGUAAGAGUCAAGAGAUCAGCAGCUGGAAUAGAUGACACUAAGAAAGAGAUACCUGGACAAGGUGCUGUGAUUAAUGAAUUAUUUGGACAGCUAGCCGCAGGAAACAUAUUCAAGAACCGACGGGGAAAUGCAUCUAUCUCCAAAAAAGAGUAAAAUGAAAAAAGGAUAUCAUCAUGCUCACAACAUUAAAACUUAAGGGUCAAAUAGGCUAUUUUUAUGUGUACCAUGUGUGUUGAGGCAGUAAAACAAAAUACAUUUCAAAAGAUGAGUCAAAAAUAGCUACAAAUAGCUAGAUUGUAAAAGAAUUUGAGCGUCAUUUGAAGCUGAACAAAGGCGGGUUGAAUAUAUAGAUCAUGCAUGCAUUCAGUAAUAGAAGCUGAUUAGAAUAUGAAUUUAUUGAAUUACUAUUAGCCGAAGCUAUUAAAAGGUUCAUUCAAACAA